AUGGAACCGCGACGCACGAGUGGUAGUUCUGCUGAUUCGCGUUCGCUGAGCGUGUCGUCGGACUCAGAUGCGUUGGAUGAGCCCACUGUAUUGGAAGAAGCGCGCCAAGGUUCGGCUGCCGCAGACGCGCCGCGUUCGGCGAAGGGGAGAAGCAGAAUCAACUCGAUCCGGUCAAAGCGGCCUGCCCCAAGGAGCCCCAACCAUGUCGCUUCUCGUUCUAGCCGCGGCGUGCUUACCAGCGGCUCGCGGCUGCUCGGCUCUGCAGACGCAGUCACUGAAGGCGGGCUUUUCAGACGCGGGCUUUCCUCUGGUCGCCGGCCAACUCGAGUUUCAUUCGUGGAUGAGCAGGACAAACAUGCUACAACGUCGAGCAGCUCCGAGUCGUCUUCCCGCCCAAUAAUAGAUUUUACUAUAAGCAGGCAAUCUAAAGAACCGACUGAACAACCAGCUGCACCUCAACCUGACAUGAAGGCUCACACUGCUUGUCGAGCACUAGCUAUUGCGAACGCAAACAGAAACAUGGCUGCAAUAGCUGCAGAGAAGCAGGCCCUUGACGAUACAGAGAGUCCAGCGAUUGAUGCGGUGGAAAUGGAGAUCGACAACCUAAACCAUCAGUUACGGGAUGUCAAAGACUCUCUCCAUAAACACUGUUUGACGAUCCUCAAUUCCUUGGUUGGGGACAAGUGGACCAUCGACACCAGCGAUACUUUGGCCAAGCGUAUGCUACGGCCGUCCAAGUGGUCGACCGCAAGCCAGGUUCAAAAAGAAGCCCAUCAAGCGAACGAGGACAACCAGAGCUGGUUUGGACCGUCAGCAAUUGACGUCUUCGGAGACAGCUUGGUGAUUGAAGAGAAAAAUCCCUAUCGCAUCGUAGGGGUGUUUGCCCGCAGGUAUCAGGACACGAGACAGCGGAUCCCCUACUUGGAUGAUUUGGUCUGCUCUGGAGUUCUUCCGUGCAUCCAGCACCUCGAGCCGCCAGUCGGCCGACCGCAGUUGCUACAGGCUCCACUGGAACCCUUGUCGCCUAUUAAGGCUUUUCCAGACAGAGGAUCGCUGCCGCCGUCCAAGCUAUCACGAAAUAGUGCCGACCCAAAUGACGCGAACACGGGCUCUGCAGAACGGAUUUCUCGACGUGACGUAUCAUCCCACAGCAGAGGAUCUCACUUUCGAGUCGCGUCCAUGCCUGCCCCGCCGCGUGCUCCUUGGGGCAUAGCAAAACAAGUAAUGAAAAAUCGCAAGGGUGCCUGCUGCGUUGCGCAGUGCCCGGUGCCGUGUUCACGCUACGUCUGCGUCCUUCCAGCGGUGAACUAUACACGAAGCUCGGCGCCGGCAAGCUAUGCCACAGUCAACAUAGAGAACAAUAACAUGAGGAUCCCAAGUCGCCUUGUCGACUAUCUCGAUAAAAACUGCGUGGCAGUCGAAAGGCCCUCCUGGGACAAGAGCAGCACGAAGAAGCACACCAAGGUUAAAUACACCGACUCCAGACGUUCCCGAUCAUCGACGCAAUCUGAUGACACGGAUUCAAGUUGGGGAGAAGAUGGAAUUGAUAAGGGCGGGGCCUGGGCUUCCGGAACAUGCGAAAUUCCCCCCAUGCUCCCUACUUCCAUCGCAAGUGGCCUACCUCAAUUUUUUAGAAGAGAAGUUGGUAACCGUUGGUUGCCUACAUUGUUCACCGACGCAGACAUCCGAAUCUCGGAGUACUGGAAGCUUGAGAACAUGAAAAAUAGGGAGAAGGCGGCAUGGGUUUACCAAGGGACUCAUGCAGAACCUAAGCCUUAUCCAUGGGAAGAAGUGCCGCUGGAAGGUAGGCCACUUUCCCGCAAAGAGAUUGCGCAACAACGCAAGGACGCAAAAUCACGGCGGCACAUUAGCCGCGAUGCAGAACUCUUGCUGCGAGGCGUCGCACAGAGCACUACCUGGGAUGGCGAAGCAAGCGUGGUGCAUGCUGGGACUUUCUUCAGGAAGAAUUCCACCGAAGUAGUUUUAGUGCAGGAACGCGUGUGGCUGCUUUUGGGAAACAUUGCAGCCCUACUGGAAUGCAAACACCUCGCGAAUUCUGGAGGUAGCACUUUUCAAAUGGCUGUCAAAGCCAUUUGUGUUUACAAUUGA